CCCAAACCUGAAAAAUAGUACUAGCUUGUAGUACCACGUUGAUGCCAAACCAAACCGGACCUGGAACAACCACCCCUGAACCUGUGAACAACGUAGAGGCGCGUACCACUCAGGCGCCAAACCAAUACCGAACCUGAAAAUAUCUCAGUGGAGUAUACCAUCCAAAUGCCGAGCCAAUACCGAACCCGGAGGGCGUCAAGUGUCGAGACGAUACCGAGCAUCAAGGGUGGAGGUGCUGCUGGAAAUAGCCACAGUCAUAACGACGGUCGUGGGGGAGGCACUGCUACUUUUUACUACCGAACUUUUGCGGUGGACGCAGACUUUUAUGGCGGUGGUACGGAAGUGCUACCGAACUUUUGCGGCGGCGACGCAGGCUUUUACGGCGGUGGUACGAAAGUGUUGCCGAACUUUUGCGGCGACGACGCAGGUUUUUACGGCGGUGGUACGGAAGUGUUGCCGAACUUUUGCGGCUGCGGCGCAGGCUUUUACGGCGGUGGUACGGAAGGGCUGUCGAACUUUUGCGGCGGCGACGCAGGCUUCUACGGCGGUGGUACGGAAGUGCUGCCGAAUUUUUGCGGCGGCAACGCAGGCUUUUACGGCGGUGGUACGGAAGUGUUGCCGAACUUUUGCGGCGGCGACGCAGGCUUCUUACGACGAUGGUACGGUGGUGCUGCCGAACUUUUGAGGCGGCGACGCAAACUUAACGGUGGUGGUGCGGAAGCGCUGCAAAAAUUUUACGGCGACGACACCAGGCUUUACAGCUGCAGUGCGGAAGUGCUGUUGAAAAUUUUCGCAACGUCGGCACAGGGUUUACGGCGGUGACGACAGUAAUUUUACAUUGAGCGGCAGCUGAGCCUUGGCGCAGGGAAGGUGCCACUAGA